GAGAGAGAGAGAGAGAGAGAGAGACUACAUAUCUGAUCCACACAGAGAGCUACCUUUCACAAAAAAAAUACUCAUUCACUCCUCUACUAAAGAUGGAGCAACUGGAUCGCAAUGCGCCCCCGUCCCCAUGACCAAUUAAGAGGAAGCCAGCAACUAUUGUAUCUGAGGAUCCGGACACGCGCUCACCUGUCGUCUUUACACGCUUUUGAGAGGCACAAUUCAGAUUUUUUUUUGUCCAUUUUUAAGUGUAACACGUACGUUUCUGUGGAUUAUAUGAAGCUGGCUGGAUCCUGAGGACGGAGUGCGUCAAGUGAGCGCACGUAUCCAACAAGUGGAUGCAUGAAUUUGCUCGCAGCAGACAAACCCUGGGACUAAGAACACAAAACAGUCAGUGGAUUGAUAAUCUACAUUUGUUUUCUUAUCGACUGAGACAAUAACCUGCACUCAUUCGCUGUGCCUCAGAUGUGGAGCUUGUCUGGGUUAAUGGUGAUGUAUAGAUGUGCGCAUUGUCUCGGUCUCAGGUAGUUUUCUAGCUCUCAGCGACUUUGUGUUUAAUUGUUUUUCAAGCAGAUAAUAAAACUGCAAUGAGGUAAGACACUCCUCUACAUUUUCCCUGCUCUUCAUUUAUUGACCAAAAGCAAGAUUUAGGCGGACACGCUGCGGAAUCCACCGUUUGCCACCUCACCCCUCUCCCCCCAUCCACGGACUUGCUUCUCCGUUCCCUCGGUGACCGUGGGGGGAAGUUGGGAUCCUCUCUGUAGACAUUUCUGUAUGACGAGGGCGCAGGUGGCAGCCAAAGGUCGCAGUCAUGCCGAUGCAUCCAGUAACCUCCACGUUGAUGUACCGGGGGAUCUGCACCAUCCCUGACAUCCUCUCCUACGCGCCCCAGGUGAACCUGCCCGAAGACGAAGUUGAAGAGAUCCGCGAGGCCUUCAAAGUGUUUGACCGCGACGGCAAUGGGUUCAUCUCAAAGCAGGAGCUGGGAAUGGCCAUGCGCUCCCUGGGCUACAUGCCAAACGAGGUGGAGCUGGAAGUCAUCAUCCAGAGACUGGACAUGGACGGCGAUGGCCAGGUGGACUUUGAGGAGUUUGUCACUCUUCUGGGCCCAAAGCUGACAGCAGCUGGGUUGCCUGAUAAGUUCAACGGCACUGACUUUGACUCCGUUUUUUGGAAGUGUGACAUGCAGAAGUUGACGGUGGAGGAGCUGAAGCGACUCCUGUACGACACGUUCUGCGAUCACCUUUCCAUGAAAGACAUCGAGAACAUCAUCAUGACUGAGGAGAACCACAUAGAGAACCCUGAGGACUGUCAGGUGGAUAUAGACAGUUCUAGCCCGACGCAGCAAGUCAAGCAAACUUGUGUGCGCAAGAGCCUGAUAUGCGCCUUCGCCAUUGCUUUCAUCAUCAGCGUCAUGCUCAUUGCAGCCAAUCAGGUGCUGCGGAGUGGCAUGAAAUAGGAGCUGUGGCAUUUUCAGCCUUGACCACCACCUAAAGGCUGCCUUACAGAUAAAUGACUGAGAGAUGAAGCUUAAAAAAAACAUAAACAAAAAUGAAUACAACAGACAAUCACACAGCUGUAAAACAUAUGACUGCAAAAUAACUGGCGUCACCAAGGACACUACAUGUGAGGGAAUUUGUCUUGUGACAGAGACAUACUGACAGUUUACAGAACAGCAAGGACAACAGGACCUCACGUACAAAGAGACAGCAGUGUGUUUAAAGUGGACAGCUGUCUAUACAUAUCACUCUUCGUAAGACAACAUUUAGUAUUCAUUAGCUAUGUGCAUUUGAGCAGUGUUGCAUUCAGUAUGGUGGCAGCUAUAGAGAGAAGUGUAGUGACUGUCCAGUUUUGUAUUUGUCCAGUGUACCAUGCGGUUUAUUAUAAACGAGUAGAAAGAAAUCUGUGAAAUAUUGUGGGAACAUUGGAGAAAAUAUAUUCCUGAGGCUGAGAAGUGUUUUGUGCAGGGGAUCUGGAGUGCACAUCGUUGUGGAGAUAUUGUAUGUGGUGCAACAUUGUUCAAAAACCACUCGGGAAUAACAAUAGCUUGGUAAGAAAGAGAUAAUAGGAAGGGUUUGCAGGGAGGUGCGUGUGAUUGUGUGGAUGGUUUCAUUCAUUCACAGGCUGGAGGGCUUCAGUCUGAGAAGGAUGGAGCCGGGUGAAGCAGGUUAACAGCUCUUGGGGAGGAAGGUGCUCAGGUCUGGAUGGAGAGGUAACUGGCUGGAAAGUGGCUGGACAUGCAGUAAACACUCAACUCUCUGUCUCCACAGCAGGGCUUUGCAGGCCUCAGAGGAUGACCAUCAUCUAUGCAUGAAAUGCAUGGAUUUAAACAGUUGUCUUGACACAUUUGUAAAAGUUCUUAUCAAUGUAUUAAUCAUUAUGACUGUGUAACAGCUGUUUUGAAUUACUUAAUGACAACUGUGAGCAAUUGUUUGUGGUGCGGGGUAUCAGCAAUCACAACAAAAGUAAAGCAUACAACUGCAUGAAAAAGAAGGGCUGCUUUAGUACAUGCUCGUAAAAAUUAUUUUCGGGAUUGCUAAACUAUGGACCUUUUGCCACGCCAGGGCGCUUGAUGAUCAUCUCUCACUGCCACCGAAGAGCAAACAACUUCAAGAUGUGUGUCACUCAACCAUUUAAAGAAUAUGCAUCAAAACUGAUCUGGCUGGUAGUGGGGAUACAGAUGUGCCGGAGUGUAUUUUGUUCUUCUUUUUAAGUAGUUUUUUUUGUCUGGAUGCGUUGCUAUAGAGCAAUAACUCUGUGUAAAAUAGACAUCUCACAAUGCUUUGAACAGACAGAAAUCUUCAACCAACAUUAGCACCAGUAGACCUAGGAACUGCUGAGGUCAGAAAAUUUUCUUUCGCACUUUUCAAAUUAAGGUUUUGGCAAUACAACAGAGACAUUGGCUCUGAUGUUCAGACAGGGAGUACCCCUUCUAUUCAGUGAGACACAGAGACCAGACAGAUGAGUGAAAACCUGUGUGUUAGAAGCUGCCCAGUGUGUUGAAGUUGGACUGAGGCCAAAUGGUGUAAACUGUUGCAAUAAAACAUUAAUAUCUGUGAAGCACCGUGUGAAUUUGAUCAGGCAUAGAUUAGAUUGUUGUGCAUGCAUCUGGGUCAGGUCUGUCACUAUAAAUGUGUAUUUGUACAUAUAAACCAACUUCAACCAAAGCUUUGAUGAAUCUGUGACAACACAACUGGGCCACAAAACUAAGAGCAAUCUUAGUAACAACUGAUAAAAUGAACAUUUGAAUUAUUAAGAGAAUCCCACAGAAGUUCCAGUCACUUGUAGUCACAAACUUCUGAUCAGUAGACUCUCAUAGGGAAAAAUUCAAUCUUACCUGAAAAAAGAUUUAUUUUAAAACUAAAUUUGAAUGUUUGGAAAGUCAAAAAAGCCCUUCAAAAUACCCUCCAAAAACAUGACACUGCAAUAUAGAGAUCUAAAUAAUUCACAUCUUAUGAAUAUCCCCUUUUUGGAUUGCUAUUGGCAGCUCCCCAAACUUGGAUCUCUCACAAGAGCCGGAACCUCACGGAGGCAACAAAAUUAGACUACCCUAUCGCCCAGAGCCAGGCGGGAUAAUGAUUAUCUGAUGCACCCGGGCAAUUUGUCAAAAGUGUCAAGUCUGUGGGGAAAACAUUCAGAAAAAAAGAAGAAAAAAAAAGCCCAUUUAUGAAACUAAUACCUUUGUUUCCAUUUUGCACUUUAAGAUGUGCUGCAGCGCACAACAACAGCAACUCACCGCCAUGAUUGUUCAUCCAUUUCCAGAUAGAGUUUAGGUUUAAAGAAUUACUUUACCAUAGAUUUAUCUAUUUUUGUGAUAAGAAUGUGAUGGAAUAGAAUAUUAACUGACUGACAAAUGAUACUGUCUCAUUCAUUUUCUGUUAUAACAUUACUGAUGGGACAUUUUCAUGGGGAAUAAACUUAUGAUAAUAAUUUGAUUUGUUGCCUUAUUCUUUGAGACACUUUGGCAUUGUGCAUAGGCAUAAACAUACAGUAAUCAUGGAUUUAUUAUUUAUCACCAGAGCAAAAUAUAAAAUCCAAUAUUUAUUUUCUUUUUACAGAUGAAAAAAAAAAACUGUAUGAACUUGUUGAUAGUCUACUAAAUGUUAUAUUUCCAUUGAACUGUACUUUGAUACUUGUCUUUGGAUCUUGGAAAAAUGUUUAUUGACCAUGUGAUAUCUGUUCAUUGACUCCACCUGAUGUUCUUCUUCUAUGUCUGUGGAAUGAUAUUUCACAUGAAUAAAAUCAUAUACAAACCA